GAUAGACUGUCUUUUCAGACCCCUCGGGUGGCCAGUUUAGUUCUGGUUGGCAUCCGAACUGCAUUGUCGCGCAGGGUCCAGGGAUGCUGCGGUAACAAUCGUCCUUCGUUUUCAAGAUCCGUUUUUUAUUUUCCGACCGAUGAAUACGACAGGAAAAUAAUACACGCUGGAAAUUUCGCCGUGGUUGCUGUCUGUCAGAGCGUUCGUGUUGGUGCAGUUUUCUGAGGGGCGGUUUCGAUAACUGCAGCGAUCGAUCACGUGCGUCGCUCAGCUGUUGCAUGUCAAAGUUAAAUAAUCGCGGAGUUAAAAAGAAUGAUAUAGAAUUGUGCUGUAAAAGGCGCGUUGAAAACCACGGACACGGUGAACCGAGCUGCAAAGUUACGUGUUUACGAGAGUAUACGAAGUGAACGGGUGAACGCCACCUCACCGUGUUUCCCCGAUUGCAAAUACCACUCGCGCGUUACCCGCGCGAAUCGCGGCGGGGAAACGCUCGCGCGAGCGUUCGCGACCGCGCGUUUUUUCUCACCCGAAGUGAUAUUUAAUCGGAGCGCGAGAGAGAAACCUACGCGCUCCGCGACAGAAUUCGUCGGUAAAACACCGUUUGGCGCGUGGCGCGCGAAAAGCGAACUCGUUUUCCACUCGCAGGUUCGGACUCGCCGCCGAUUAAAUGACACUUGUGAAAUCAACGCGCGCGCACGCACACACAGGCAUUUUCACCGCUCCGAGCGAGAGAGGAAGCCGCGGUGAAGGGGCAGAAUUGUUUGUUGAUGGGACGUUCGUAGCUCGCUUUCGAGCAGUGCGCUAUGAGAACAGUUCCUGAAGGCAACGCCGACCUAGGCUAGGUGUUCUCCAAUCCACGAGAAAUUCGGGGAAGCGCGCGUCACGUCGCAUGAUCUUCGAUUUAGAUUUAGACUUUACUCACAAUCGUUACAAUCGAGGAGACUAACGCAAUCGUUUCUGGGAGGCCACGUUUACAGCGUUGGGAAUCACAAAGAGCAGAUAUGAGAGCGAAUCGUCGUUGGCGCGCGGUCUAAGAAUAUCUGCGACGCGGAUCGUUGAACCACAGGCUCUCCUUUCUUCUUUCCAAGUGUUUCGAGCCGCCCGGGAGAAAUAAAUCAGAAACUUUCUCCGACUAACGCUCGGCUCGCCAGUACUUCGUAAACGAUGUCGGGGGACACCACGUCCGACGAUGAGGGAUCGCAGGAGGAUCCGCCGCGAUACGACGUCGACGAUUUGGAAAUCAUCAAGACUAUCGGCACAGGCACUUUCGGCAGGGUGGUUCUCUGUAGGCACCAUGGAACAUUUCUCGCUCUGAAAAUCCUCUCCAUGGUCGACGUAAUUAGAUUGAAGCAAGUCGAGCACUUGCGCAACGAAAUCACAAUCCUGAAGGAAGUUAAGCACCCUUUCAUCGUCAACAUGCUAUGGAGCGGCAGGGACGAGGCUAGGGUGUACAUGCUGCUGGAAUUCGUCGCUGGAGGAGAGCUCUUCUCUUACCUGAGGGCGGCCGGAAGAUUCUCCGGGCCCACCAGUUGUUUCUACGCAGCCGAAAUAGUUUGCGCGCUGGAUUAUCUGCACAGCAAGCAUAUAGUCUACAGGGACCUCAAGCCGGAGAAUUUGCUCCUGGACAGUCAGGGCCAUCUCAAAAUCACCGAUUUCGGCUUCUCUAAGAAACUUACGGACAGAACAUGGACCUUGUGUGGCACGCCAGAAUACUUGGCGCCGGAAAUAAUUCAAAGCAAAGGACAUAAUAAAGCCGUGGACUGGUGGGCGUUAGGCGUUUUAAUUUACGAGAUGCUGGCGGGUUAUCCACCGUUCUUCGACGACAACCCUUUCGGGAUCUACGAGAAGAUCCUGAGCGGCAGGAUAGAGUGGCCGAAGCACAUGGAUCCCAUUGCGAAGGAUCUGAUCAAGAAGCUGUUGAUCGCCGAUAGAACGAAGAGAUUGGGAAACAUGAGGCAGGGUGCUGAAGACGUCAAGAGGCAUCGAUGGUUUAAGCUAGUCGAAUGGCCCUUGGUGCCACAAAGGGCCUUGACACCCCCGAUAAGGCCACGUGUGAAAACACCGGGCGAUGCGAGCUGUUUCGACGAUUAUCCUGAAACUGACUGGCGUUCUCAACCACCCUUGCCACCAGAUCAAUUAGUUUUAUUCCAAGAUUUUUGACAAUUAAUGUGAGCGAAUAGUUCGUUAAAUAGUCACAAAUAUUUUAUACUCACGAAUUCAUUAAGUCACUGCGCUAAACAAGAAAACACACUUUGUGGUAUAAAACAAUCGUGACAACACGUUGAUGAUAAUUAACUUUCCAUUCUGUACAUAGAUAACUUUUUAUUGCGUAUUACUUAUUUAUUUAUACGUACCGUAGACUAGGUAUUUCUCGUUGUUUUCAUGAAAUGCUGUAAAUAAAAGUUAAACAGUUCAAUUUUAAAUGUA